AUGACUUCUCUUCGUCCAGCAGAGGUCACCCUUCUGGUCUCCAUCACUAAGCAGAUCAACUCGACCCUCGACUUCUCCGAAGCCUCCGACAAGUUGGGCAUCACCGCCAGCGCCGCUGCUCAACGCUGGGGUCGUCUCAAGGCCAAGAUCGUAGGCAAAGGAGAAAUCACCCUCAAGAACGGCGACGAGCACGUCCUCAUCACCAGCCUUGCCAAGCAAUUCGGUUCCACGGAUGUCAACUUCGACAUGGUUGGUAAGGAGAUCGGCUGUACCAAGAGCGCCGCCACUCAACGUUGGGGCCGCUUGAGACUCAAGAUCGUCGGCGGAAAGGAUGGAAUGAAGGGAGGUCCCAGACUCAGGCCCGCUGGUACUACGAAGGUCACAAAGUAUGCUCCCAAGGUCAAGGUCACUCCAGCCAAGAAGGCUUUGCUCGAGAAGGCUGUCAUGGAGGAAGAGGAUGUUGGCGCCAAGUCCGAAGCCAGCAACGUUGUCGAGGAGGAGAACGAGGAGGACCUUCUUGCCGCUCAACUUCAUGAGAAUCGUGCCACCAAUGCCAACUCUGGUUACGAGUCCGUAGCUGAGAUGGAGGAAUACGUUGAUGCUACUACUGAGCAAGACACCCCGAUGGUAUUUAACCCUGACGCUCCUGAGGAAGAGUUCGUGGACGAUGAUGAUUGGAUUAAGCGCGCAGUGUUUGCUGACGAGAAAUACGAGUUAGGCAUCCGUUGA